AUGUCGCGCCCCUCCACUCGCCCGCCCUGUGGAGUCUACGGCCCGGGGCGGCAAUUCGAGGGUCAGGCCCUGCCGUUCCGCCUCCCCAACGGGUCCGUCCUUUCUUCAUUCCCGACACCGGGUCAAGGCGCGCCGGCGAACGCGCUCGCUCAUGUCGUUCUGUCCGACCCGCACCUUCCCUGGGCGAGGCCUCUGAGCAGGGAGGAGGGGCCCGGCGGCGGCGACGGCGCCCGAGAUGCGGUGCCGUGGCUGGCUGUGCUGGUGUUCACGCGCGAGGAACUCAGCGUUCCGGCAGAGGAGCUGCGCGAGAUGUUCUCAGAAACGAGCUUGAGGGAUGGCGUCGUCGAGCAGGCGGAGACGACGCUGGCCGUGACGAUGAAGGCGGCGGAUGUCGUCAAGCUGAGGUCGACGGUGUCUUCCCUGGCGGCAUGCCAGGACGACGAGGACGAGACCACGGACGUCGUUUUCGUGCCGUCUACCCUGUUCGCCGAGCUCGUGACCGCGUACGAUAACGACGGCGACGUGGUUCCGCAGGCGCGGCCGGACGCGUCGCGGUACAAGUAUCUGGCGCACGUGCGGGAGGUCCAGGCGGACGGGAUGGCCGAAGCCGGGGCGGAGGACGAGGGCUCCUUCGGCAUCGUCCUGUCGCAUCGCACGGGUCCGCUGGCAGGAACGCAGCCCGAAGCCGUGGUCGCUCACCUCGUGUCGAUCGAGGGGGUCGAAGACAUGGACUGGCCGCUCGACCACUCCAAGAGCCCCCGCGUCGCCAUGGCAUCGCUGCACAGCUGGAGCUUCACCACGCUACCGGCAGGCUCUCCGCACAUGGACGCGACCCUCCGGAAGCUAGGCCAGACCGCGGGCAUGCUGCGUGUUCCAGACCCAACCAUCAGCCCCGGGGACUACUGCCCCACCGCCGAUCCAAAGUGUUUGAGGCAGCGGCUGCACGAUGGCUACACCCUAACCAGAUACCGCACCCCCACGGGCGAGACGACCGCGGCACUACUCCGCGGUCCCUUGACGCCAGUAGCCGUGCCCUACCCUCUCCCGCCCUCCCCCAGCGCCAACACCCUCCCGACCCUCGACCCCGACCUCGGUAUCCCAGACAUCACGUACUCCGCAGCGCGCCAGGUCGGCCGGACGCUAGCCCUCGCCUCCCCCUCCUUCACCACUGCGCUGACCCGUCUCCUCACCUCCACCACCUCCGCCGCCCCCGUCGCCUCCUCGCCAGAUUGGAAAGCGGUGCACCGCUGGCUCCAAGACCUCGCCCUCCUGCGCAACGUCCCAACCACCCACCUCGUCGCGGACACGGCGUCCCUCCCGCCCGAGUCCCUGCGCUUCUUCCACGUCGACCGCAACUGGGUCGCGGCGCUGGUGGACGGCGCGCUGAGCUUGGGACCAAGCGGCAGCAGCGUGCGGCGCGCGGCGAUCCGCUCGCAGUUUGACGCGGAGGUGGAUCCCAUGUGCGGCGGCGGCUUCCUGCUGAGGUCGGCGGCUGUGAUGGAAAGGUGUACUCCCGGCGUGCGGGUCGUCGGGGUGGAGCAGGUCGCGGAGGGCGCGGCUGUGGCGCCGUCUGUCCUGCGCCAGGAUGUCAUCGAUAGCGACCGCGGCGUGGUGCUGUGUUUGUUGGGGAGCGGCGGGGUGUUGGAGCCUUGCGGCAUCCGGUCCAUCGAGUUGGCGGUGCCGCCGGGUCGGCAGACGUUCUCGGCUGCGGCUGGGCUGGAUGCCGACGCUUUUAGGACGGUGUACAAGCGGCAGGGGGGUGGGAAGGCGCCCUGGAAUGAGUGUGAGUGGGGGCGAGAUGCCGGUCCGCGGCGGGAUGGGGAGGUGAGGCAUGCGGCGGCGGUUUUCAAGUGGGGUGGUGGGCAGCGCGAGGGUGAGGUCCGGACGUUGUUGUUCCCGGCGUGGGUGGAGGACGUGAGGAUGGUCAUGGAGCAUUACGCCAAGGAUGUAGAGCAGGGCGAGGACUUUGCUGGCGCGGCUAUGGUUGGCGUCCAGCUAAGCGAUUCCGUCUUCCAGCUCGUUGUCGCGCAACGUCCAACGUCUACUUGA